GUCCCAUUCGUUUUCCAUCCACAUUCGCAACCUACUUCCUCCCCCUUCGAUCAGGGUUCGGAGUGACGAAAUAUCGCUACCAGGCUACGUUGUACUCGACGUCAAGAUUUCUAUUGAACCGCAGCGCAGUUCUCCGCAGUGCCAUCAAAUAUUGUAGAGUCUUUGAGCCAUUGACUGCAUGAAGGAAUAGACGAAUUAGCAACAUGCAUUGCAAGCUUGUAACUCGGGCGCUUUAUGAUUAUGAGGCGCAGGAGGCUGAGGAGCUUUCGGUGAAGGAAGGUGAUUUGCUGCUAGUAACGGACGAUUCAGAUGCAGAAUGGUGGAGAGCCGUACAGAAGCCAAGCGACACAUUUGGGGACAGCCAAGAGGGCCUCAUCCCUGCCUCGUAUAUUCAAGAGGCCGAUCCAUUGGCAAUUAUGAGAAGUCUGUAUCAAUACGAUGCCUCUGCCCCAGAAGAAAUUAGCUUUCCUGAGGGAGUGGAGAUACGUUUGUAUGAGAUGAACGAUCCAGACUGGUGGUUUGGUCAAUAUGAAAACUCCGUUGGACUUAUCCCCGCGACCUACUUGCAGACGGAGGACGACAUUGGGAGCAACGAACAAACUUAUGAACCUCAACCCGAUCAGUACGAGGAAGUUGCACAUGCUCCUGAACCGACGCAUGUCCAUCCCCCUGAAGUGAUUGCUGAAGAUGCAGAGGCACAGAAGCAACAGCUGCUAUCCGCUCUUGGCGGACUAGGAUUUGAGAAGCCAAAGACGGUUGUGCAUCGGUCGAUAGAAAACAUGGGCCCACAAGAUAUUAACUACUACAGCGUCACGGAGGUUGAUAAAAAGAAGAAAAAGAACAGUCGCAAAGGCUUCAUGGGUAUCAGUGAUGACUCUGUGAUAUAUUUUGUGGCCGAUGACAAGACAAAGGAUAUAUUGAUGAGAUGGGAGAUGAGCGAGCUCACCAAGUUUACUGAGAAGAAAUCGAAAAAGCUUAUUCUGGAAUUUGGAAGUGACGAGCGCCAGUUUGAAGGAGAGAAGGCUGAUAUUCAAGCGCUUCUUGCCCGGUUGCAACAUGUGCAGAAUAAGAAGAAAUCCUUGAGUCCAACGGCUGUCAAUCCUCCACCUCCCAUUCGCACCAACACGACACCUCAACCGUCUGCCACGCCAUCCCCAGUCCCUCCAGCGCCUGCAUUUCCUGUGGCUCUUCCCCCGAGAUCGCCGCAACCGGAGCCCAGUCCUGGAGGCCAUGGGCCGAAGAUUGCUGUGGCUCUCUACGAUUACGAAGCUACAACCGAGGAUGAGCUCACGAUUCGUGAAAAUGAUAAUCUGGUGGUCUUGGAUGAUUCCGACGAGGAAUGGUGGCGUGUGCGGUUGAUUUCCAAGAAGGGACGAGAGGGCCUAGUCCCAGCAUCGUACGUUCAGCUCAAGCAGCGACUAGCGGAAGAUGGAGUCGGGGGACCUGCCGCGAAAAAUGAAGACCUUGAACGACAGCGCUGGGAGCAGGAAGAGGCAGAGCGGAGGCGCCGAAAUGAGGAAGAAGAACGCAAGCGAAGGCAAGAGGCCGAAGAGCGACGACGAAGAGAACAGGAAGAGGAGCAACGUAGGAAACGUCAAGAAGAAGAAGAGCUGCAGCGCCGGCGGAGAGUGGAGGAGGAGCGUAAGAGGAAGACAAACGAAACGGAAGCUGCUCGUCCUACUCUUCCAAUGCGCCCUGCCGCUGGCAUGCCUGACCCUCCACAGCGUCCCACGCCUGCAAUACCCAGUGCGCGGCCAUUUAAUGUGGGACCCAUUCCUCAGCGACCCGUGCGCACCGGCGAUACUCCACGACCACCUUUGCCCGAUCGCCCCCCUGUGCCUGCUUCACGACCCAAGACGGAAGAUGCAUCCACAUCGAAGGCUCAGGGGAAGACCGACGGGCAAGAGAAACCGAAUCCAGCUCACUUGCGCACUUGGACUGAUCGUACAGGUUCUUUCAAAGUCGAGGCACAGUUUCUUGGUGUGGCAGAUGGAAAGGUACACCUUCACAAGACGAACGGAGUGAAGAUCGCUGUCCCUUUGGCAAAGUUGGACCCCGACGACAUUGAGUAUGUCAGAUCAACUCCUGGAAAUGCCAAUAUUGAAGUCCCUGCCGCGACGCAAACAGCGCCUAGACCCUCACAAGCUCAACAAGGUCCAAGUGUUGCCACCUUGGCAGCGGCUGCUAGUAUACGACCAAAAACACCCACCACAGACAAUAUUGUGUACAACGGGUUCGAUUGGCGCGAGUUCCUGAUUGGAGCGGGGGUUUCGGCAGGCGAUGCCCUCAUUUACGCACAAAAGUUUGUAGGGGAGCGGAUGGAUCGUACUCACUUGGCAGAUCUGGAUCGUGAGCUGCUUAGGAACCUGGGAGUGACAGAAGGAGACAUUCUUCGCAUCAGGAAAGCUGCAAGCUUACCGGCGACAACCCCCGCUAAUGUCGCUGCAGCUAAUGAUAGGGAGCACGCGGCGUUGCAAAGCAAUCUACAUAUAUUGGGGAAACUGGCUGGAGACGCUAAGCACGGAGUGCCUCGCCGACAAUCGAGGUCCGCGUCCACGUCUGGGCCGCCGAAUAUGCAGGUCAUCCAACAUGCAGCUGACUUACUAAAAGCUAACAGCGACCAACGAAAUCGCCGUGGAUCUCCGAACCCAUCACCUCCUGGAACACCAAGCGGUCGAACAUCUGCGCGGUCCUCAUUCUCCAGUUCGCCCGCACCUGGAGGUGCUACCGGAAAAUCCGGACCUGCCUCAAACAAUGAUCCAUGGGCUGUUCCGACAGCUACAAGAGUGGCGACUGUGGCUGCCUCGUCUACGCCGAGUGCCAGUGCCGCUCCGACACAGCAGACUCUGAUCGCGCAAAAGCAACAACAGGAAGCUCAACAAGCCCUCCAGCAGGCACAACAGGCGCUUGCAAAAGCACAAGAGCAAGCCAGGCAGGCUGCCCAAGUUCAGGCGCAGGCUGCUUUAAUUAAAGCACAAGAAACUGCAAGACAGGCUGCGUUAAUUCAGCAACAAACCCAACAAGCCCUACUUGCCGCACAGCAAGCGGCAGUUCAACGUCCAGCAAUGCUGACUCCUGCCAUUGGAACACCACUUGGGACACCACAGAUACAUACACCUUCACCUUCACUUGCUCCAAGGCCUGCAUCCUUGCCACCACCUCUCAUACCUGCCUCAUCUUCGACUACUGCAUUUGUACCUGUUGGUGGUGGUGCCAGGCCCUCAUCUGGAGUAGGGCCGAAUAUGGGGUUGAUGGGCCCGAAUAUGCAGCCGAUGCCAGCGUCGAAUGCGCCAAACUUUUCGGGUACGGGAAAUUUUGGAGGGGCACUCCCAAACAGGCCGCAGUUAAUGGGUAACCCUCAAGGCCCAGCAUCGUUUGGGCAACGACCAGAUGAUAAAUAUUCGGCUUUGAAAUCUCUCGACCCGCUGGCUCCUUCUAUGUUUACUCAACCUCCUCCAUCAAUGAGCACCAGCGCACGACCUAUGGGAUUCAGUGGCGGUAUGCAACCACAAAUGUCACCAGCUAUGAGCGGAACGGGACUCCCCAGCCCAGCCCUGUCCUUGUCUUCAAACAACUCGGGUUUCCAUGGCAUGUCGGGCAUGUCGGGGGCUAUUCCUUCAGGGACCUCUACACCCAACAGUUUCGGGAGCAAUCCAGGCACUCCAAGCAUGAACUUUCUGCAAGGUGUUGCUCGCGGACCUACCUCUGCGCCAAAUGCAGGGGCUAUGCAAUUUGGAGGGGGGCCCGCUUUUCAGCAGCCGCAGCAGCAGCAGCUGCCGACGAUGCCAAGUAGUAUGCCGGGUAUGAGCGGUGUCAACAUGGGCGGUUUUCAAGGAAUGCGCCCGAUGGGAGGGAUGGCUCCGAUGGGCACAAAUAUGUCAAAUAUGGGAGGCAUGGGACCGAUGCAAGGAAUGUCAAAUGGAAUGGGUGGAAUGGGUGGAUUUGCCCCAAAUGGUAUGGGCGGAAUGAACAUGAAUACGAUGCCAGGUGGUAUGGGUGGAAUGAAUGGGAUGCCGAAUGGAAUGCCGAAUGGAAUGCCGAAUGGUAUGCAAAAUGGUAUGCAAAAUGGUAUGGGGCCGAAUGGUAUGGGGUCGAUGGGAGGGAUGGGGAUGGGAGCAAUGGGAGGUAUGGGCAUGAACAACAUGGGGCAGCAAGGUUUUAGGUAGCAGAGUGUGACAUAGAUCCUUAUAUUUAGACAGGAUGGUUUCUUUUUGAAGAAAUUAUUGAACAUUUUCGGGA